AUGCACACAUUUUCCACAUUACCCGUCGAACUUGUUUAUCGAAUUAUGGAUCAUCAAAAUGAGCUGACGCUAUUUUGUUCAAUGCAAAAUAUUUCCCGGCGGCUCAAUCAGAUCCUGAGCACCUAUGAGCGAUAUCGAACACUCAUCACACUAGACCUCGGCGGCAACAGAGUCGGUGAUAAAGCAGUACAACAUAUUGCGGGUGCCUUGCGAACGAAUACGACGCUCACCACACUACGCCUCGAGGGCAACGCAAUCGAUGAUAAAGGAGUACAACAUAUUGCGGAUGCCUUGCGAACGAAUACGAUCCUCGGUACACUACACCUAAGUUGGAGCACAAUCGAUGAUGAAGGAGCACAGCACAUUGCGGAUGCGUUGCGAAUUAAUACGGUUAUACUGAUCUCAUUUCCCAGAAUAUACAGCAAUCAAUUUCUCUCACACUUACAGACACUUAACACACUACACCUCUAUUCGAACCGAAUAGGUGGUGAAGGAGCACAGCACAUUGCGGAUGCGUUGCGAACGAAUACGGUUAUACUGAUCUCAUUUCCGGAAGAUAAAACACUCACCAUAGUAGACCUCAUCUGCAACGGAAUCGGUGCUGAAGGAGCACAGCACAUUGCGAAUGCGUUGCGAACGAAUACGACCCUCACCAGCCUACAUCUUCAAAGCAACGAAAUCGGUGCUGAAGGAGCACAACAUCUUGGGGAAGCGUUGCGAACGAAUACGACACUCACCACACUAAACCUCAGUUGGAACAAAAUGGGCGCUGAAGGAGCAGCACACCUUGCGGAUGUGUUACGGACCAAUACAACACUCACCACGCUACACCUCGUCUGCACGGAAAUCGGUACUGAAGGAGCAGAACACAUUGCGGAUGCGUUGCGAACGAACACAACACUCACCACACUACACCUCGGUUGGAGCAAAAUCGGUGAUAAGGGAGCACAACACAUUGCGGAUGCGUUGCGAACGAAUACGACACUCAGCACACUAAACCUCGAAUGCAACGGAAUCGGCGGUGAUGGGGCACAACACAUCGCGGAUGCGUUACGAAUCAACACAACACUCACCACACUAAAGCUUACGUAUAACGAAAAGGAUGGGGAAAUAGCGCAACGUAUCGACGAGGCGUUGCGAAUGAAUACGGUAAUAUUGAUGCUGUGUUCGGCGAGAUCUGGCAGUGGAUUCGAUCGAAACACAAGUGAUCGUGGAUCUGAUGGUUCUUUGCGUAUAUUGGAUCUUUUUGGAUUGAGAACUUAG